CGAAAACGAAGUGUUGUUUGUCUUCUUACGACUUUUAUUAGUUUCUAUUAUUAACUCGUAAAAUAAUGAAAACUGUAUGAAAUAUUUCAAAAUGUUAAACCAAAGUUCAACAGAAGCUCUACUUUCUGCGACUUACGUGGAAAAUUACCUAGAUUGUGUCGAAAAUCUACCAAAUGACCUGCAACGACAUUUGUCGCGUAUGCGAGAGUUAGAUGUAACAUACAGAGAGUGCCUCCGGGAUGCCGAAACUCACUUGGGAGUGUGCAUAGGGCCGAGUACUGACGAACGGCGACGCGGCAGGGCCGCCUUGAGGCUACAAGCUGCUUUGGUGGCCGCACAGGAGAUCGGCGACGAGAAACUACAGGUUGUGCAAGUCCUACAAGACCUCAUCGAUAAUAAACAGAGAUCACUUGAUGCAGACCACAAAAAACUUGUGUCAUGCAUAGACGUCAACACAAAUGGCACAAGUAAAGAGGAGCCACACACGCAAACUGAAACUGUCCGUGCUGUGGAGAAGGAACAAAACACGGCACCAACGCAGCCUCUGACACAGGCGCCACCACCGCCUGAACGAAACACGGAGAAAGAAAAAGAAAAAUCAGAUAAGGAUAAAUCUGGAGGGGAAAGGUGGUCAAAACGAGCUCGUAGAUCUAGAACAACUGCCGGUGCUGCCACAGAUGGUGCUGAUUCCAGCGAACGAGACAGCGAGAGACAGGCCCACAACACGACUCAUAAGAAAGGUAUGGGUAAGAAGAAAAAGCGCAAAUCAAGACAGGCCGCUCAGCGAUCAGAAACACCUCCAGAGGAAACUGAUCCUAUAGAUCCUGACGAACCUCGCUACUGCCUCUGUGAUCAAAUAUCAUUCGGUGAAAUGAUCCUCUGUGAUAACGACCUAUGCCCCAUAGAAUGGUUCCAUUUCUCGUGCGUCUCCUUAACAACCAAGCCGAAAGGGAAAUGGUUUUGUCCAAAAUGCAGGGGUGAUCGUCCUAAUGUCAUGAAACCGAAGGGGCAGUUCCUCAAAGAACUAGAACGGUAUAACAAGGAGAAGGAGGAGAAAGCAUAGUGUUGAUACGGUUCUAAGAACUAACAGAUCUCCGAAGCCUGGUUAUGACUGAGUUGUCACCAGAGCUGUGUCGUGAUUUGUGAAGAAUGUUUUUCCAAGAAAGUCCAGUAUGUUGCUAAAAUCAACCAAAUGAAGUAAUUUUAUCGGUUCUGUACAACAUUUCUCGCAGCUCUGGUGAAAACUCAUCCUAAGUAUUGUAUUAAUACUACACAGUAAAGAUGAAUUUAUUUUUAUUUGUAUGUAUUUAAUUGAGAUUUAUUCGAAGACGCACAUUUUCUGUUUCCAUAUUUAAUAUGUUGAACUUAAAUGCCUUAUCAGCAUUUAUUCUGAAUAGAAGUUACCCGGGUGUUGUGUUUUUAUUAUCAGUUUGCUCAAUCCACACAAAACUAAAACUUAUAAGUUGUGGAUUAGUUGUAACAGAUAAGCACUAUCCCUUCUACUAGUAAAGAUAUAUUUUGCACUCCAUAUUACUAUACAAAUUCUGUUUGUCUCUGUCGGGCACAUUGGAUAAACCACAUGAGAAAGACUUGAAUAGUUAAAUGCCGCAAAUAUUUUUAUUAGUAAGGGGAUUUAUAUAAAUCUUUUAUGACUUAAGAGAAUAGAUUUUUGAUUUUAUGACUAUAAUAUUUUAAUUUUAACAAUGUGUAAAUAUUUAUCUAAGGAUUUAAAAAUAUAACAUUUGGGAAUGCUAGGAAGAGGCAUUUGCUUUAUGCAAUUCAGAAGUGUAUGAUUUAAAAAAAUCCAUGAAUCUAAUAAUUGGUGGUUCUGGUACAAUUAUUCGAAUUUUUUAAUAUGAAAUCCCAGCGCUUCUGAGUUGCAAUAACUAACUAAUAAUAAUAUUGUAAAGAAAUAGUUUUCUAUUAUAGUUAAUUGUAUUAGAUAAUUAUGUCAUAAUAAAAUAUUGUAAUAAGUA